AUGUAUACAAAGGGUAUUGGAACACCAAAGUACAUGGCACCUGAAAUCACAAAUGUUGAAAAGUAUACACUUUCAGCAGACGUGUAUUCAUUUGCAAUUACCGUUUUGGAGUGUUUGACAUGGAAAGACCCGUUCGAUGAAAAGCUGUUUCCAUACAGUUGGGAUAUCACAAAUUUGAUUUCCAGAGGAGAACGACCAGCAAUUGAAUUGGAAGAUGGAGAACAGAAAGGUUUAAUUGAAGAGAUGUGGAAACAAGACCCCAGAGAAAGACCUGAUAUGGAUAGUGUCGUAGAUAAACUCAACAAAAUAUAUCAAACAAAUAAUUGA